AUGUCGUGGUACCGAGAACCAACGCUAGCGGAAGUCGAGGAACAGUCCAAGUGGGACGAAGACCAGCAGAUCCUAGACGCAGUCGCGCGUGAUGACGUAGAGAAUUUCGGCCGGUUAGUGUCCGCCGCGGCGCAGCGGCGCGGCGUGGACACGGGGACGGUGCUGUGCUCGGCGCACAGCUGGCCCGAGCAAGGCCGGGAAACAGUCAUGCACCGGGCGGUGCGCCUGCACGCGACACGCAUCCUCCACGCGCUGAUCACCAGUCCACUCCGGGGGCCGCACGGCAAGACGGCCGAGGCGCUGUUCGCGUCGUUCGACGGGCAUCAGCGGACGCCGCUGAUUGUGGCGGCGCUGAUGGGGGACUCGCACGUGGCCGAGGUGGGCAUGCUGGUGACGCGGGGGGGCGACGACGCGGCGGCGCGGACCUGGACGUACGGGCUCACGGCGCUACACCUGGCCGCGAUUUGGGGCCACGCCGGCGUCGUCGCGUACCUGCUGCUGAGCGGGGCCGAGGCCGACGUGCCGGCCAGGGGAGACGGCGGCAACACGCCGCUGAUGCUGGCCGCGCACCACGGCCACGUCCGCGUCGCCGAGGUGCUGCUGGAGAGGGACCGCAACAAGGUUGCCGCCCGCGCCGGGUGCGAUCCCCGGCAGCAACCGUUUACCUGGCUGGCGAACCAGGACCCGUCCUCCUACAGGCCCGCGAAUGUGCAUGCCACGAACGGUCUUGCUUUGCAAUAUCGGGAGUUGAGGCGCGAGUUCUGCGGCUUGUUUACUUGGCUCUAG